GAUAAGCCUGGAGGAGGACGAGAAACACACACACACACACACACACACACCGAGGGACAUAAGCUACAGCUGGGAUUGCGUUUGACUCUAGGACAGAUCUGUAGUGUUCAGCAUUCAGAUGACGUCCUUUCGGAUGUUGGAGUGCCACACCUGAAACCUCGAACCCUGCAGCCUUUCAUUUGCAGCUGUAACGCCGGCGAGUCUCAGAGAAGCAGCUAAGCCUGGUGGAUCAGUGUGUGUGUGAUUAGUGGGUAGCGUGUGGGGGCUCUUAUGGCGUCAGCAGACCACCAGUGUGAGCGACAUCCCACAGGUGCCCACCCACACGUCCACCCGCAAUGCCCUGUCCACAGUCCUGUGGCAGAGGAAGUGAAGAACAGUGGCCUACGCAAGGGCUUGAGCAGACACCGAGACUAUGUGAAGAUCGCGGUACCUGAUGGCAAGGGCAAGCCUCCACCCAUGGAGUGGUGGAAGACGGUGAUUGCGUUCGUGUAUGCAGCAUUUAACCUGGUCCUGACUACGGUGAUGAUCACAGUGGUGCACGAGAGAGUUCCAGCGAAAGAGAACAGCCCGCCUCUGCCAGAUAAGUUCUUCGACUAUGUGGACCGUGUGAAGUGGGCUUUCACAGUGACCGAGGUGAACGGGAUGCUGCUGGUGGGGAUUUGGUCUAUACAAUGGCUCUUCCAUAGAUAUCGGGCCAUCCUGGGCAGGAGGUUCUUCUUCCUAAUGGGCACUUUGUACCUGUAUCGUUGCAUCACCAUGUACAUCACCACGCUCCCCGUACCUGGCAUACACAUGACCUGUGCCCCAAAGCUUUAUGAAGACUCGCAGGCAAAGCUACAGCGAGUUCUGCGGCUGAUCUCCGGAGCUGGCCUGUCCAUCACCGGUUCCCACAUCAUGUGUGGUGACUUCCUGUACAGCGGCCACACAGUCAUGCUCACCCUCACCUACUUGUUUAUCAAGGAGUACUCCCCACGCUCAUUCUGGUGGUAUCACCUGCUCUGCUGGCUCCUGGCCGCAGUGGGCGCAGUGUGUAUUCUUGUGGCUCACGAGCACUACAGCGUGGACGUGGUGGUGGCGUACUUCGUCACCUCCCGCCUCUUCUACUGGUACCACACCAUGGCCAAUGUGCAGGCUCUAAAGUGUUCGCCCAACAACUACCUCACCCACACGUGGUGGAACCCCAUCUUCAACUUCAUGGAGCGGAACGUGCAGUCGGAAGUGCCUUGCUCGUUCUGCUGGCCGCUAACGUGGCCUCCAACCUGCCUGAAGAACCCGUGUAAAAAGUACUCCAUGGUGCAGAGCGUUCGCGAGGAGUGACUGUCGCACCUUCACCUCCACACUGUUACUUUUUCUUUACAAUUACUACAGCAUUGUACUUCCUUUAUUUAUGAAAGCCUGAAAUCUUGCAUAUCAAUAAUACCAAAGACUUUGUGAAGGGGUUGUGAUAAAUCAGUGGCUCAGGUUUAAUCAUGAAGUCCAUUUUUUCUGUUUUUUAAUUUGGAAAACAUGCACAAUUCAAUAACUUAAAAACAUUCCCUAUUA